AUGCCUCGUCCAGCCUUUUGGCUGCAGGUUCAGACAUUUCUGGCACUGGGCUAUGGCGUCAUUUCGUCGCCGAUUUUGGACGACUCGUCCCAAAAGGUGUUUCCGCAUGAAAAGUUGCAAUCGCGCAAGCUGCACGGUCGGUUCCUGCAUAUAACAGGUUUGUUCCCGCUCCACCCCCUGAGGGCCAAUAUUGCCUUUCUUGGCCACCAGCAUUUACUCACAAGACAUUCAGAUUUGCACCCUGAUGAGUUCUACAAGCCUCACACAUCUACCGAAGAUGGUAUCGCGUGCCAUCGGGGCCGUGGCAUGGCAGGAACCUAUGGAGCAGAAAAGACAGAUUGCGACUCGCCAUUCUCCCUUGUAGACGCUACCUUACAAUGGAUACAGGAGAAUAUCAAGAACGACAUUGACUUUGUAAUAUGGACGGGCGACUCGGCGCGACACGACAGCGAUGAGGCGCAUCCUCGGACAAACAAGGCUGUUCUCGAUAGCAACAAGCUCGUUACUGAUAAAAUCAUAAAGACUUUCAGCUCGUCCAAGGGGAAACUCGACGUUCCCAUAAUACCAACGUUUGGAAAUAAUGACUUCCUCCCCCACAACAUCAUGUAUCCCGGCCCCAAUCAAUGGUUCGCAGCCUACGGGGAGAUUUGGAAUCGAUUCAUCCCGGAGGAGCAGCGUCAUUCAUUCCAAUUCGGCGGCUGGUUUCAUGUUGACGUCAUCCCCGGGAAGCUUACCGUCUUCAGUCUCAACACAAUGUACUUUUUUGACCGUAAUGCUGCUGUGGAUGGUUGCGCACUACCGUCCGAGCCCGGGUACAAGCACAUGGAAUGGCUGCGCGUGCAAUUGGAUCUUGUGCGACGGACUGGCGCCAAGGCCAUACUCAUGGGCCACGUUCCACCCGCGAGAACCAACAGCAAGCAGAAUUGGGACGAAAGUUGCUGGCAGCGAUAUACCCUAUGGCUUCAAAAGUACCGCGACGUGGUGGUCGCCUCGCUAUUUGGCCAUAUGAAUAUUGAUCAUUUCCUUCUAAGCGACACAAAGAAUAUCGACUUGAAUGUGGCAACGGACACGGCUUCGACGGCACGCAGUGUCAAGCGAGAUUCAAUCGACGAGUCUGAUUUUUCAGUCCUAGGGAAAGACGGCUAUCUCCAAGAGCUACGGGACAUUUGGGGAGAUAUUCCUGGUUCGGCUACUAAGGUAUUUGAUGAGGAAGAGAGCCUUUCCGAGGUUGACACCGAAAAGAGAAAGAAGAAAAAGCACAGGAAGAAAAAGGAGGGUUUCAAGAAGAUUGGAGGAAAGUAUGCCGAACGAUAUCAACUUUCUUUCAUCAGUCCCAGUGUGGUACCCAACUACUUUCCAACCAUACGAGUAUUCGAAUACAAUGUGACUGGGCUGGAAAAUGUAGCUGUUUGGGAGGACAAGCGUGCAAUUGAGAACGCACAGUCGACUGAAAAUUUGGAGCUGCGAUCUGUUGGCAUUGGAAAGAGAGGGAAGGGGAAGCAAAAGCCCAAGGAUCCGAACUUGAUCAUCCCAGACGACCCUCCCAAAGCAGCGCUACCUGGGCCAGCCUACUACCCACAACAGUUUACCUUGACAGGGUACACUCAAUAUUAUGCCAACCUCACUCACAUCAACAACGAUGAGACUGGUCUGGACGAGGUUGAAGGAUCAAAAUGGCGUGAUGGCAACCACGGUGACAAGAAACCGACACGCAAGCCAGCCCAACCACGCAAAUUCCAAUUCGAGGUCGAAUAUAGCACAUUUGAUGAAAAACGGUUCAGACUCAAAGACUUGACCGUCCGAAGUUAUCUGCACCUGGCAUACCGCAUGAGCCAGCGCAGCAAAAAAAACAAUGGCAUUACAGAAGAGGAGGACGGCGUUGGGGACAUAGGCGUGGAUAAGAAGAAGAACAAGAAGAAGAGAAAGAAGAAGCACAAGAACAAGGAGACGAACAAAACCUGGCUUCGUUGGCUCAACUUUGCAUUUGUUUCUGCCAUUCCAGAAGAGGAUUUGGAGCAGAUUUAG